AUGGCUGGACGCAACAGGGCACGUGCCAUGCUCAACAGGGCGCAUGCCAUGCUCUUUGCACCUCCUCUUGAGCAAUUGCAGCCUAUGGAGCUGAACACAUCAGUCAAAACUGCGCAUCCUAAGCCACUGCAAGCGACCAAGCGCAAGCAGAUAUCCCUGAAAGACAAGCUUGAUAUCGAGCGAGUUGAGAAGAAAAAAAAGCAGGACAACGUUGUUGUGCCGUACAGCUUGUCGAAGAAGACAGUCAACACCAUUGUCAAUGCCAAAAAGACGAUCUUGUCGAAAAAAGUGUCAGAUCCCUUGCCACUGGAAGGCCAACCAGAUCCCAGUGUCUGGUCAGCUGUCGAGGAGGCCUUUGGGAGCCAGCAGUUUUCCAAUUACGUAACUGCGGACGAUGACCUUGUCAGCUCAGAGCAGCUGAUAGAUGAAGAAAUUGUUGCCCGAAUUUGCAGUGUACCAAAUGCAGAGCAGCAGGAUGAAGACGAAAAUGAAGGUGGCACCUCAGAGACUGUAACCGAAAAAGUGUCAACUUCUCAGGACCUGGACUACAUUCAAGGGCUGAGAAACUAUUUCGAGCAACAGGCCACAGGUGUAGAUGAUGUGAAAACACUUUUGGCAAUGGAAACGUAUAUAGUGUCUAAAGCUGUCUGCCACACAGUACAGGCAAAGCUGACUAGCUUUUUUCAAAAGAUAUAA